CUAUAUAAAUGUAGAAGGUAAUACAGAUCCUUAAAAUUUUAUCGAUUUUUGAUAUGUAAAAAAAUUCUUUUUAGCUUUAAAUAAAAUGUCUUCUACUACAAAUAAGGACGAUGUAUAUCACGAAAAAGAAUUGAUUUUAAACACCCUGAAAACAUCCUUGGGGUUUGCUGGUGUUGGACUUCUUAUUGCUGCCGUGCAAAAUUCUUAUAUUGAUUCUAAUACACGUGCUACUAUUUUCACUAAAUAUGGUUCGACUAUCACAGGUUUUGCUUUAUUAGGAGGUAUCUUUACAGCAACCGAAACUGUAACCGCGAACAUUAGAAAAACCGACGAUUGGAUUAAUGGAGCUGUGGGUGGAUGUGCCACCGGUUUAACUGUUGGAAUAAGAGCACGUUCACAUAAAUUAGGUGUUGGUGCAUGUCUGGGUAUCGGGGGUUUAAUGAGUUUAUACGAAUUUUCUGGAGCAUGGAAAGGUUUAUUGAGAUAUAAAAAUGAGGAUGAGAAAAAUGAAUGGAGAAGGAGAUUUUUCAAAGAUAAUAAUCAAAUAGUAAAUGAGGAAUGAUCAAAUAAUUGGAUUAAUGAUCAGACGAUGAAAUUGAAAGUUAUGAUACCAUGCAUUAUCAUGAUAUCAAACAUCACGCGAAAAUAAGCUAAACCGUAAAUUAAUGGUGUGAUGUUAAAUUUUUUUAUUUAUAUUAAUUCUGAGGAUAUAUUCUGGAACAUCAAUAAUAAAUCAAAUAGAUUCGCUAAAACAUUCUUUCGAUAAACAAAUUUUUUUUUUUAAUUUAUAACUUUAACAAUGGACUGAAUGGUAAUAAAUAAACCAAUAAGACAUGUAUGAAUUUCUAAGGACAACUAAUUUAAAACAAUUUAUAAAUAUUACAGUGAUACAAAACAUCAUAUUUAC